UACAUAUUGUUAUUUACAUUAUAAUUUAAUAUUUUAAUUAAUUACUGUAAUGUGCUAAAAAUACUUUAAAAAGAUGUCUAGCGGUGAAUAUCGUCAGCUGUGGAAAAUCGUAUUUAGGAAUUUCAUCAAUUCCUUUAAACCUAGGCAGAUUACAGGAAACAACAUGGGUAAAGACUACAUAGGUAACAUUUAUUAUGAAAUACCUGCUGAUCCUAGUGUUGGUAAACGGAAGCCUUCUAGAUGGUAUGAUCCACCCAAGGGUCAGGAUUUUUUAGACCCUAUACCAGCUGAAUGGGAGGCUUGGCUCAGAAUGAGGAGGACAGAUCCCCCCACACAAGAAGAAAUAGCUAAUAAUUUAGCUAUAGCCAAAUUGAAGAAGGAAAAUGCAGCUAAAAUAGAAGCAAAGAGACUUGCUGAAGGCGGCUCUCUUCCAACAACACCUAUAAAGGGUGCUGAGUCAUUUCCCACAUAUUCAGAAUAUCAUACAGGCGACCCUGAAAACCAUCCUAGAUACAAAUAGUUGUGAUAUAAAUAGAUAAAUGUUAUUUAAUUGAAUAAUAAAUAAAAGUUAUUUUGUUAG